CUUGACAAGUUCUCAGCACAGCCACCUAUUAUCCCGAUUUUCUUUUUUGAAUUUUCAGCAAACGCUUGCCAAUACUCUUAGCUUGAUACCCUUUGAAAUGAAUUUCCAAGACCUCUCUCAUUCCUGCCGGCAACCAGUCGAAACUGCUCUUUUCCCAACUUUUAACGAGAUGCUUGUUACGCCUUCUCCGGGACGAGGCGUCUCAUCUGACUUUGCUGGUACCUAAGCUGGGCAUUAUCAAUGCCAUAUACCACAGAUAUCCAUGUGGAGUACCUCUAUGUCAGCAAACGUCUCGUGGAUUCGCUUCUUUACUCCUGUGACCCCCUGCUAUCGGUACUUAUAGAGUUGUCAGCCACUUCUCUCGUUGCUGCUUCCUCAUGUUCGGUUUCCUCCAACGCAAUACUACCGGAGAGGAUGAUGCUUUGAAUAACAAUGGCAUAUCAAGCGACUGGGAUUACCUCAAGAAACCAGGAUUCCAGCCGCGUCCGCUGCGCCUUGCUGUGUGCCGCAGGACUGUGCCUUGCGUACAAGUUACUAGAAGCUCAGAACAACGGCGUGCUUGGACCAGUCGAGUUUAUCUUAUUCGAGAAAGAGGCCGACUACACGGGAACAUGGCAUGUGAAUCGUUAUCCGGGCUGUCGAUGCGACAUUCCAAGCGCUGUCUAUCAAUUUUCGUUCGCUCCUUAUACGGAUUGGCCAGACUUCUAUUCUUACGCUGCGGAAAUUAAGAAAUAUUUCAAAACGUUCGCUCAGAAACAUGGAAUCGUUCCUUUUGUUCGUCUUCGGCACAAGGUCACUGCGGCAGUGUACGACGAGGUUUCUGGGACUUGGGCAGUCACGGUGGAGGAUUUAGACACGUCGCAAACUAAAACAGACACUUAUGAUGUCUUCGCUCCGGCGACUGGGGUUUUAAAUAAUGUGAACCGUCCUGCUAUUGCUGGCCUGGACUCUUUCACCAAGACACCAGUCCUUCACACUGCUGAGUGGCCUGCCAAUUUUGAUUGGAAGACGGCGUUUAAGGAUGAGAGUGUUGCUGUUAUAGGUGUCGGAUCUUCAGGUCUCCAGACCAUCGGCACCAUAGCACCGUACUGCAAGAGUCUCGACAUUUACGCUAGGAGUAAAGUCUGGAUCGUGCCAACUAUCGUGUCCCUUGAUUCGCUCAAAGAUCGGGACUGGAAGGAUGAUAACUUUAGUUACUCACAAGAAGAGCGAGCCGAUUUUGCGAAGAACCCAGAGAAAUUGUACCGUCACAUCAGAGAGGUCUAUGACAAGAUGAAUACGCGGUUUGAAUCCAAGCGAAACAAUUCCGAGAUACAAAAGAUGUUACGAAAUAUUGCCCUUGAGCAUAUGAGGAAGUCCUUGGAUCGCGAGGAUCUUCUUCUCAAGCUUAUACCAGACUAUGCCGUAGGGUGUCGAAGGCUAACACCCGGAGCUGCUUUUAUGGAAGCAUUGAAGCUCCCUCAUGUCAACCUGGUCCAGGAUCCAAUUGAGAACAUCACUUCAACGUCCAUCGUCAGCGGAAGCGGCAUCGAGCGUCCCGUCGACCGCAUCAUACUUGCAACGGGGUUCGACACCGGGUUCAAACCACAGUAUACCUUUCGGGGUAGAGGCGGGAUUGACCUCAGAGAUAUAUGGGCGCAGAAACCAAGAGCGUACAUGUCGAUUGCGCUGGCAGGCUUUCCAAAUAUGUUUCUGAUGGGAAGUGGACCGGGGAUCCCGUAUGCUAAUGGGUCGAUCUUACCUGGUAUGGAAGCACAAGCAGAUUAUGUUGUUGCUUGCUUGUCGAAAAUGCAGAAGCAGGACAUCAAGACCAUGGAGGUAGACAGGUAUGCGCAGGAUGAAUAUAACAUUCAGCAAACAUAUCUUAUAUGGUCGGAACAAUGCUCUUCUUGGUACAAGGGCGGAACAGUCGACGGGGAGCCGUAUGCCCUCUAUGCAGGAAGUACACUCCAGUAUAGGGAACUACUGUCUUCUCCUCGGUGGGAAGACUGGAAAUUCACACCGAUAUAUAAGAAUCGAUUUGCGUUCCUUGGGAAUGGGGAAUCUUCCAUCGAAGCCACGGGAGGUGAUAGAGCUUAUUACGUGUCACUGGAAAAUUGUGUGAACGCUCUUGGUGCGAGUGAAUCGGAUUGAUUUUCAGGCUGACUCGGGAUGCAAGCUGAAUGAAAUUGUGUUAUAUCUCGCUUAUGGCAGCGUUAGCAUGUACUAGAAAUCUUGGGUAUUUCGUAAUUAUUGAGGGUUCUUUCUCCCUGGAUUAUUCACGGCUC